AUGCCUUCAGAAAUCUCCGAUCAGCCAUUCAAGCGCAUUGGCAUCGUGGGGGCCGGAAACAUGGGCUCCAUGAUGACCUUGGCUUUCUCUGAGCUGGGGUUGGACGUUUCAGCCUGGGACGUCCAAAGCGAAAAUGUCGAUCAGCUGAUGGAUAUGUCGAAGAAGAUCGACAGCAAGGGAAAGAUGGAGGGUUUCCAUGACAUUAAUGAAUUUGUCCACAGCCUAGAGAGCGCGGGCGAGCACAAACUAUUCCUCUUCUCCAUCACCCACGGCGAUCCGGCGGACUCCGUGUUGGGUAUGAUCAAGGAUAAACUGCAACCCGGCGACAUUAUCCUAGAUGGAGGGAACGAACACUAUCGUCGGACCGAAAAGCGACAGAAGGAAUGCGCCGAAAUUGGAGUCAAAUGGAUAGGCAUGGGAGUAUCUGGAGGGUACCAGUCCGCACGCCAUGGUCCAAGUCUGUCACCAGGUGGUGACGCGGAAGCCAUGAAACUCGUCAUGCCACUGCUCAAGACCUAUGCAGCGAAGGACUCUAAAACCGGAACCCCGUGUGUGGCGCCGAUAGGGCCCCAUGGCUCGGGGCAUUUCGUCAAGAUGGUGCACAACGGGAUCGAGGUGGGCAUGUUAUCCACGAUUGCCGAGGCUUGGUCCCUGCUUCACCAUGGACUGGGAAUGCCUUACGCUGAAAUUGCAAACCUCUUUGAAUCGUGGAACUCUCAUGGGGAGAUGCGCAAUACCUACCUGUUGGAGAUUGGGGUCGACAUGCUACGCACUAAGCGUACCCCCCAAGGGGACCAGAAAGGCGAAGGCGCAAGCGAAAAGGGCGGCUUUGUCCUUGAUGAUGUCCUCGACAAGGUUGUCCAAGAUGACGAUGGGAGCGAAGGAACGCCAACGUGGAGCAUUAUGGAGUCGGCGAAUCGCCAUGUCUCCGCGCCAACAUUGGCGGCCGCGUAUUACUUGCGACUCGCGAGUGGUAAUCGUGCAGAACGGCUUUCAGUCGCUCGGAAUUUGCAGAUUCCGGGUCUUAAGCCCAUUGAGAAGGUGAAAGAUCGAAAAGCCUUCCUGGAAGACCUGCGCCGCGCGGUGUACUGCUGUUUCCUGGCUUCGUUUUGCCAGGGACUCGAACUGAUCUCUCGGGCUUCGGAAGACGAAGGAUGGGACAUUGAUCUCGGACAAUGUCUGCAGAUUUGGCGCGCUGGGUGUAUCAUUCGAUGCGAGGGAAUCGCGGACCUCCUGCAACCUUGUCUGCCCGCUGAUGUGCGAUACACGAACAUGAAAUUCAUCCACCAGGUAGCCGGCGAGCUGCAUAAGAGUUUCAGUGCGUUGAAGGAGAUCGUGGUCACCGGAGUUCGCGCGGACCAUUACGUCCCUGCCAUGUCGGCCACACUGGAAUAUUUGAAAUACGAAGGAAGCACGAUGUUACCGACGCAGUUCAUGGAGGGCCAGAUGGACUUCUUCGGAGGUCACGCGUAUAACAAACCCGGGGUGCCAGGAGAGGACCCGGGGCCGACGAAGAAGGGAGCACAUCAUUACGAAUGGCGUCCAGCAUGA